AAUAUUUGAAAAGUUUACCCCCCUACAAACAUGAAGGUCUUUUCAUUCUCCAAGAUAUUAAUCUUCGUUCUUGCAAGUCUGGCUGGGUAUGAAGCGACACGGAUACAAAGAUUAAAAGAACAUGCAGUUCAAUACAGCAUCGACGAGUUAAAAAUACGACAAGCAAUUAUAUGUCAACCGUGUCACAAUGAUCCGCGAUGUGCCGUUGUACAUGAUUACUUAACGUGUGCACAUAAAUGCUACUACGGAUCGCAGAGCCAAUUGUUUGAAAAGCGGGCAGAUUGUGUUGACUUUUAUGCUUGCGAGGACGAAUGCUCAUAUACCUCAAACUACAUUCCACGUCCCAAUGAAUGCGACUUGGUUUUCCAAUGUUAUGAAUGCGUGUUGGGCCACCCACAAUGUCAAUCCUUCAAUGACAUGCCGCACUGCGUUGCACACCCUCGUUCUGUAUCUAAAGAAGUGCAAAGAACUGGAAGUCCUGAUGAACUGAUGAUCCGAACAUGGUCGUGCACCGAGUGCGACACAGAUCGUCAAUGCUUAGAGUUUAUGCCGGUGAUCUCAUGUCUUCGAGCACAUUGUCCUAUUCCAACAACAGUAUCAUACAAAGUAUGCAAGGAAUUUGAAUCUUGCUAUGAUUGGUGUUACAGUUUACAAAACUUGGUUUUCUAUGGUUCACCCCCUAAGUGUGGAAUGGACCCAAUCCGUUGCCUCACUUGCGUGAAAGAAAAAUGUCAAGCGCCUACUUCUCCACCGGAAUGUUUGUAUCGUUUUGCUGCAUGAACCUUUUGACCAAGCGCUAAGGCGACAACUUAACUGGUUGCAGACCCUUUUGUGUCACAAUAACGUUUUCAUCGCAAGGAGAACUUAUACGUUGUUGCAUUUUUUAAUAUUUGCAUGCUUUGAUAAAAACAAUAAUAAAAUCUGUAAUUUUAACCAGCUUUAUGCGUUAUUUAAAUAAAAAGAUUUACGUGCCCAAUAAUCGUCAAGCGUUUGGAGUUGGAAGCUCGAUAUUAAAGGUUCAAAACUCGCCGUGUUA